CCUCCCUCUGAACUGCAGGUGUCCGGCCACCAUGCUGCCUCUCCUGCAGGUCACCCUCUUCCUUCUCUCCUCCUGCUUUUUAGCGGGAGGAGGCAGCCCCCUCAGUGAAGGCCUGUGGCUGCUGAAGACUGAGUUUGCCCUCCACCUCUACCGGAGUGCAGCAGCAGAGACAAAUGGGACAAACUUCGUCAUCUCACCAGCCAGUGUAUCCCUCUCCCUGGAGAUCCUGCAGUUUGCAGCCAGGGGCAACACUGGCUGGCAGCUGGCAGAGGCCCUAGGAUAUACUGUGCAAGACCCAAGAGUGAGAGAAUUCCUGCACAGUGUUUAUAUCACAUUGCACAACUCCAGUCAAGGCAUCGGGAUGGAGCUGGCCUGCACCCUGUUCAUGCAAACCGGAACAUCUCUGUCUCCCUGCUUUGUGGAGCAGGUCUCCCGGUGGGCCAACAGCAGUCUGGAGCUAGCUGACUUCAGUGAGCCUAACACCACUACCAUGGAGGCCUCCAAAGGCACAACUAGACCGAGCACAGAUGAAGGCCCAGGUAGCCCACUGUGGGGGCAGGCCGGUGCCCUGUCUACUCAACUCUCCAUCGUGAGCACCAUGACCUUCCAGAGUAGCUGGCAGAAGAGAUUCUCCUCGGUGGCCUUACAGCCCCUGCCUUUCACCUGUGCCCAUGGCCUUGUACUUCAAGUCCCAGCGAUGCACCAAGUGGCAGAGGUCAGCUAUGGCCAGUUCCAGGAUGCUGCAGGCCAUAAGGUAGAUGUUCUGGAGCUGCUCUACCUUGGAAGGGUGGCCAGUUUGCUCCUGGUGCUUCCCCAAGACAAGGGCACUCCUCUGGACCACAUUGAACCACACCUCACAGCCAGAGUCAUCCACCUCUGGACCACAAGACUAAAGAGAGCGAGGAUGGAUGUGUUUCUCCCUAGGUUUAGGAUCCAAAAUCAGUUUGACUUAAAAAGUAUUUUAAGAUCUUGGGGUAUCACUGAUCUUUUUGACCCACUCAAAGCUAACUUGAAAGGAAUUUCAGGCCAAGAUGGCUUUUAUGUUUCUGAAGUAACCCACAAGGCCAAGAUGGAGCUUUCAGAGGAGGGCACCAAGUCAUGUGCAGCCACAGCUGUGCUGCUGCUGAGGCGGUCUCGGACUCCUGCCUUUAAAGCAGAUCGGCCCUUCAUUUUUCUUCUGAGAGAACAAAAC